UAUAUUUCACUUAAACAUGGAAGUUGAGAGGGUAAAAUCUCCGGAGCCGUCAAGCUCUAUAUCAAAGAUAGUGUUGGUAGCCUCAAUCGCAGCCGGAGUACAGUUCGGCUGGGCGCUUCAGCUGUCGUUGCUGACGCCCUACGUCCAGCAACUGGGGGUCCCACACAAGUGGGCCGCCGUUGUCUGGCUCUGCGGCCCUAUCUCGGGGUUGCUGGUGCAACCCAUCGUCGGCUACUACAGCGACCGCAGCACAUCUCGUUUCGGGCGCCGCCGACCCUUCAUUGCCGGCGGGGCAGGGCUUGUCGCCAUAGCAGUUUUUCUGAUUGGGUACGCCGCCGACAUUGGCGUCCGGUCCGGCGACUCGUUGCAGAAAUCCACGAAGCCAAGAGCCGUCGCUGUCUUUGUGGUGGGGUUUUGGGUUUUAGAUGUGGCGAAUAACAUGCUGCAAGGCCCAUGUAGGGCUCUAUUGGCGGACCUAUCCGGCUCCGACAGCAAGAAGAUGAGAACAGCAAAUGCGCUCUACUCGUUCUUCAUGGCCGUCGGCAACGUCCUGGGGUACGCGGCUGGAUCGCUAAACGUUCUUCACAAGGCUUUUCCAUUCACCAUGACCAAGGCAUGCGACAUUUACUGCGCCAACCUCAAGAGCUGCUUCUUCCUUUCAAUUUUUCUGCUUGUGCUACUCACUGUCUUGGCCCUAACGUUAGUGAAGGAAACACCAUUCGAGAAAAAUGCCGAGGGAGCAGGAGGAGGAGGUCUGUUAUUGUUCGGUGAAAUUUUUGGUGCUUUUCGACAGUUGAAGAAGCCCAUGUGGAUCCUUCUUCUGGUAACUUGCAUGAAUUGGGUGGCGUGGUUCGGCUUUUUACUGUUUGAUACUGACUGGAUGGGCAAGGAAGUUUACGGCGGCGUCGUCGGCAAAGGACGUCUUUAUGACAUGGGAGUCCGGGCAGGAUCGCUUGGUCUGAUGCUCAACGCUAUCGUUUUAGGUGCAAUGUCGCUCGCAAUUGUUUAUUUCGCUAGAGGGGUUGAUGGGCCGAAAAGGAUUUGGGGAGUAGCUAACUUUUUCCUAGCCAUCUGCCUCCUAAUGACGAUACUGGUAACCAAAAUGGCCGAGAACCAUAGACAUGCGCACGCCCUAGUUGGAGGAGCCGAGCCGCCGCCGCCGCCACCGACUGGAGUUAAAGCUGGUGCAUUGCUCAUAUUCGCUGUGUUGGGGAUCCCGCAGGCUGUCACCUUCAGCAUUCCGUUUGCAAUGGCGUCUAUUUUCUCGAGUAACUCCGGUGCUGGCCAAGGGCUUUCCCUGGGAGUGUUGAAUAUAUCAAUUGUCGUACCACAGAUGUUUGUGUCGGUUAUAAGUGGACCCCUAGAUGCUUCUUUCGGCGGAGGGAACUUACCGGCUUUUGUCCUCGGAGCUGUUGCAGCAGUAAUUAGUGGAAUCCUUGCUUUGACUGUUUUGCCAUCUCCUCCGCCCGAUCAAGUUGAUCAAACUGUUGUACCUGCUGGAUUUCAUUAGUUCAUUUUCUCGUUAAUUAUUAGUUUUUUUUUUUGGGGUGCUUUUGUUGUUUUAAUAAUGUAGCAAUGACUUAUUUUGUUAUUGAUUAUGCAAUUUAUGUGUUGUACGGUUUA